GUUGUUGUUUUUUUAACCCACAGACGGUAUACCGAGACGCAGUGAAUCACGUGGUCGAAUGGUAGUGAAUCACGUGACCAAAAGGCAAUUGGUCACGUAACCGAGAGGCAGGGAAUCACGUGACCGAGAGACAGGGAAUUACGUGAUUGACAGGCAGCGAAUCACUUGAUCGCUCACCAUGGAGACGAUGGAAGAUGUCCUGCAGGCUGCCGGAGGCUUUGGCAAGUUUCAGGUCGCGCUUUGCUUCGGCCUCCUGUCUGUGUACUGCGCCAUAGGCUGGAGCCUCAUGCAGCUCUCCUUUUCUACCAUGAUUCCUCACUGGCACUGCAACAUAAACAUAUCACGUGGAGCCAGAUAUCUCACAGCACCACAGUCCAAUGAUAGUAUGCUGGAUACCAGCUCACAGUAUUAUUAUACGCAAGGUGGGAGUGAUGGACCCAACCUGAGUACUUCACUCGGUGAUUUUAUUGUUCAGAGCUCGGGAUGUUACACACAAGAAAAUGCAAGUUUUGAAACGUGUAGCAUAAACGGUACUGAAUGUGAUUCGUUUUGCUUUGAGGGGUCAGCGAAAACUAUAAUUAGCGAAUUUGAUCUCGUUUGUGAUCUAAAAUGGACUAAACAGCUCAUAACCUCUCUCCAGAUGGUCGGGAUAUUUUUUGGUGCUUUGCUGUCCGGGCAACUUGGUGACACUUUUGGCAGAAGAAAACCUUUCUACGGAUUCCUUCUACUGCAUGGCAUAUUUCAUCUCUUAGCAGGGUUUUCGGUGAGUUGGGAGAUGUACACAGUUUGCAUAAUUCUCAUUGGCUUUGCGGCGGGGGGAAAUUUGGUCGUUAUUAUCCCUUACUCUCUCGAGUUUUUCCCCACGAGAUGGAGAGGUCUGUCUUCUAUCAUUCCAACCUUCCAAAUUGGAGUGGCGAUUUUCGCGGGUUUUGCCUAUCUCCUCCAGAACUGGUCACACAUACACUUUGCGUGCGCUGUCUUCAACCUGCCAUUUCUCCUCGGCUGGUUCUUUUUCCCGGAGAGCGCUCGCUGGCUGACUGCGCACGGAAGAAUUCACGAGUCGAUGCGAGUCAUUAAAAAAAUCGCACGAGUAAAUGGUACGUCUGUUCCACCGGAUGCUAUCGAUGUCCUAGAGGCUAUAGCGGGCUCGGGGAAGAAUGUAAGAUCUUCCGAAAGGAAGUAUUCAUAUAGAGAUCUAUUUAGAACCAGGAAAUCUACCAUGACUACCAUAUUUAUCAGCAUAAUCUGGAUUGCGUUAACAGCCGGUUACUACGGCAUUUCGUUCGGUAUUUCAAGUCUUGGAGGAAAUGUGUACCUAAAUAUUUUCCUCGUAGGAACUGUAGAAGUACCAUUGAAUAUCUUUUCGCUGUACUUGAUCAACAAGAUUGGUCGUCGACCAUCCGCCAUUUUAUUCUUUACUUUCGCUACCUUGUCGUCCGCCGGUUGUAUAGUCGCAGAGCUUGAGGCGCCAGGCUCGGAGAAAGACACUAUCAUCUCCGGACUAUCCUUGCUCUCCAAAAUGAUGGUUGCGGCCGGUUUCUGCGUCAUCUUUGUGUGGGGAAUCGAACUCUACCCAACCGUCACAAGAAAUCUCGGUUUCGGCUUCGCCAAUAUGCUCGGCCGAGUUGGUGGUAUCGCUGCGCCAUUCGCCAUCAAUCUGGACGACCGGGCGGUAGUGUCUUACGUCGUUCUGUCAGCCAUGAUGGCCGUCUGCACGGUGCUCUCUUUCCUGCUGGAGGAGACAAAGGGCAGAGAACUCGCUGAUACUCUGCACGAAGACAACGAUACGACUGACAGCGAGACAACUUCUGCAACGAGACCACUUUACGAGGGAAAUAUCGCAAACUAUGGCUCAAGAACUCCUCUCAAUUCACAAUAGACAUUCGGUUGUUGUUGGGGGUUUUUUCAUUCAGAAUUUUGACUCGUGACCUAGUCAGUUGACCUUGGAGGCGGAUGCAUUUUAGACUGUGUUGUUUUAACAAAUGGGUACCAUGACUUUUCAGAAUUCUUCUUUAAACUCUUUUCACUUUGGAGAGUUUUUUUCCUCAUAAUAUAUACUUUUUUUGUCUAGCAGGUCCGUUGCUUUGUGAAUAAAUGAGUUCCUAUUUUAAUUCUAGUUUUUUUUUCCAAACUAGGUCUAAAUUAUUCCCCAGAUUUUUUUAAAGCACUUACCCAUUCGCGUAUCUAUUCCAAGCACUCCAGGGAAAUACUUUUGGACAAUUCCAUUCUGAAACAGAAAGAUGCCUGUCCCUUUUAGUCUCAACUACAAUAAUAGAUGAAUCGAUCCUUUUAUAUUUAUUCUUCCUUUUCGAAGACACCAUCUAGACUUCUCAUCGAAGUUGUUUUACCAGGAGAUAAAGCCUUUAAAAUCUUUUAAUGAAUUGCUGACGUUGCUACUGCGACACAAUUUUUUUUCCCAUUUUGAUAACAGUAAGUAUUAAGUGGAGCAUGUGUCUAAAGUACAUAGGUCACGGUAUGUGGACCUUCAAGUCAUUGCUUAUAAAACCCAAAGGAUAAGUGGGGUGGGCGGAGGGGGCUCUUGGGGACAAAAAAUGAUGCAACAGAAUAUAACGAGACAAGAAGCUUCGGUCUCAGCAUUUAAAAAAGGCAAUCAUCACUCUUCUAGACGCUUUUUUGGCUUUUGUACUUUUUAAAAAGGCAACGAAAUUCAGUAUGUUUGCGCGUUUAGUGCUGCAUAGGAAUUGAUUUUUUGUUAUACCGCAUUGUGUUUGUAAACAUUUUGGUAUUUUAAAAAUGUAAGCCAGUUGCUUUAUUUGAUUUACCUUUGUUCGGAGAUUCAAAGGUGGCUCAUCUCUUUUAAAAAUUAUUAUUG